AUGGUAUCUAGUGGGACGUAUCAUCAGUACCAACAAAUCCUAGACUUCCAAGGUCCCGAGGAUAACGGUGUGCUGAAGCAGAGAAGAGCCAGAAAGAAAUUUAAGAAGUCGCUUGAUGGCUGUUUAUGUUGCAAAAAAAGAAGGAAGAAAUGUGAUGAAGCUAAACCAAUUUGUCAAAAUUGUACAAGGAUUGGUCUGAACUGUGAAUGGCCUAGUCAUGUUGAUACGAGUGCUAGUGUGACUCCUAAAAUCACUCCAAAUGUCACCCCUGGUCCUCCUGAUUCAAACCAACAAAUCAAUUCCCGAAGUUCACAACAAGAUCAAAAUCCAUUCAGAAUAAAUGGUAAUAUAUCCAAAGAUCAAGGUGCCGACUCAGAUAGUACCGCUCCCCUUCCAGCUUCACUUAAUAUUUAUUCAUAUUCUCAUGAUCCAAUACCCAAUGGUGAUAGUAUAGCCCUUGUUGACCAAUUUCUUAAUAUUCAAAUGGAAAAUAAAACUGAAAAUCCACCACAGACGUCAAUAGAUAUUGAUUUAAGUAAGAUGGAUAAUAUGUUAUCUCAUAUUGAUGAUUCAAUAAAACCAACAAAUAACUAUACCAUACCUGGGGUUGUCCUAGAUCAUGAUGAUCAACUCUGUUAUAAUAAAUUCAUUGAUAAAUUCUUACCAUCAAUAACAUCAUCUCAUGAAUUAGAUAAUGCCUUCUUACCUUCAACUUUAAUUAUUCCGUUUGCUGCUACAAGUCAUACAGUUCGAGAGAUUUUUUUGGCUUGUGGUGCUACAUUACUUUGUUUCAAUAAAGAUGAAUACCAAAAAAUGGCUAAUGAUAAAUACAUCAAUUGUGUUAAUCUAUUGAUUCAAGAUUUACAAAAUUCACCAACAGGAUGUGAAGAUCAUUUAUUCAUAAGUGUUCAAUUGUUACAAACAUUAUGUCUUCGUGAUAAAAAUAUCGGAUUAAAUGCUACAAAGAGUGCUUCACAUUUAAGUGCUUCAUAUGAAAUUUUGAAAAAACGUAAAAUAAUGACAAAUGGUAUACCUCCAGUAUUGGAUAAAGUUCUUUGCGAAUAUUUUGUUUUCAAUUAUCCAUUAACAUUAAUGCUAUGUCAUCAUGAAAAAUUAUCUAAAAAGUUAGUACCAUCACCUUUUGAAUUUUUCGAUGAAUUAUCAAGUUUUUUAACAACGGAUAUCGUACCAAAUGGUAAUGUUUGGAUAAAUCAUCCAAUGCUUGGUGUUAGUUCGAAAGCUUUAGAGAUCAGUGCCAAAACAGCAUGGCUUUGUCGUCUUUUACAACAUCCAAUCACACAAGAUGAUUUCAAUACUGCAGUAGAUUUGAAAAAAAUGUGUGAAGAAGAAUGGGAAACAAUUUUACAAAUACCUACAGAAACUGAAGGACAAAUAAUCAAUUUAAGCUUUGCUAAAACUCAUUUACAAGCAUGUUUUAUAAUUUUAAAGAAAAUUGUUAAUUGGAAUACUACAAUUGAAGAAUUACAACCAAUAGUUUCUCAUAUGAUUGAUGAAUUUAAAUAUUGUGAAAAUAUUAAAGAUUCAGAUAAUGGUGCUAUUGUUUCAAUAUGGUGUUUAUUCGUUUGUGGUAGUUCUACAUUAACUUUAGAACAACGUGAUUUCUUAACGAAAUGCUUUUUAAGAAUGGCUAAAAAGAUUAAUUCAAGUUUAGCUUUGAAAAUUUUAAAAUAUUUUAAUAUUGUUUGGAAUGAAGAUUUAUCAAAGAUUAAUCAUUCUAUUGGAUUUGAUUUCUUGUUUGAUACAACGGUACUUGAUAUCGUUUGUACUUAA